AUGCCGCGCAUGGCAGAGCGCAUUGCGGGCACGUUUGCCGUUCCGGUGGACAACCCGCGUGCCAGUUUUGGUGAUUACCCGAAGCAACACUAUGUAUUACGGUCGCGGGCCAAUUCAAACGCGCUCUCUAUUUCGUCUCGAACGCCGUCCAACCUGAAACUCGCUCUUGAUUCUGGCCUUAUAGAAGUGGAUAGCGAUAAAACAGAUAUCUUCGACAUCCUGCAGGGCGCUAACAUGGACGGAGUUAGUCACCUGAAAGAAAAGGAUAAAUCUAGGUACAUCUGGUGUUGUAUUAUAGUCGUAUUUGUCAUGUUGGCGUUUAUUCAAAUCUAUUAUCAGCUAAAAUUAUUUUAUUCGGAACCUGUUGCCACAAACAUCGAAGCCGAUUAUCCAUCAACUAUCGAUUUUCCAGCUGUAGCUAUUUGUAACAAUAAUCAGUUCAGGUUAACGUAUAUUACGGGUGCUAGGAUACUCAAUAGACGGACAAAAUUGAAUCAGGGAUCGCUGAAAUCCAUAUCAAGAAAACCGAGGAAUAUAUUUGAAGAGGUCAUAGAAAAAGCUUGGGACAUGGACGCAGUACGGUUUCUUCGUAGUGCAGCUCACUGGAAGUCAAGAAUGAUACUCGGAUGUACCUGGCCAAAUGGGACAAGUUGUCGCAUGAGCGAUUUCAAACCCGUCUGGACAUUAUCUGGCCUCUGUUGGGCGCUAAACACCGAACCUGACAACCCUCUCAAAGUCGUCGGAAGUGGGGUCGGCCAUGCAAUUCGCCUUCUUCUCAACAUAGAAACGUACGAGAGGAUAGAUGCAUGUACCAGUCACUUCAAGACCAGAUCUAUUCCUGGCGUCAAAAUUCUUAUUUACAAUCAGGUAAAAACCUUCAAGACUGAGAGUCUUCCAUAA